GGCUUUAGGCUGCUAGUGACAACCGAAACAGCAAUAUGGGGAACUAGUCCGGGAAAGAGCGAAUGAAACGUAUGGAUUAAACUAAACGUUUUUGCUCAUAUGCUAGCACUUGCGUCUGCGCCGUUAUUCGUUCAAGAUAACGACAUGUCGCGUUGAUUUUAUUAGACACAUUCUCAUUAUUUCACUUAUCCGAGCUGCAGAUUUGCUAAAGUAGCAUAAAAUUUUAAGGUAGACACAGCAGAUGUUCUCUCUGAAAAACACAACGCUGCAAUAGAUGUGAUACAUAUCGGAUUGGCUGCUCCUAAGCUGAAGACUAUUUUCUCGGCUUCGAGGCAACAGCAAUGCUCUCUGAAAUAUUGGGUUCCUGAUGCCCAGUUUGAACUGACCUGUAGUGUUUUGACACCAAAAGAGAUAGAGGAUUUUCAGUACGUGUAAGGCUAAAGACCAUCGCUUUUGGAUUAAAAAGAUAUCAUGUCUUCCAGAGAGCGACGCUCUGAUCUGUACAUUAAGGCCGAACCUAGCAGUCCCGAGGGAGGAGGUGGUGGUGGAAGAGCCAGUCCAGGAGGAGCCUCCUCAGACUCUUCACAUAGUGGAGGAGGAGGUUCCAGAGGAGAAGGCACCGGGCGCUACUCCCCGCCCCUUUAUACGCCCGCCCUGCGUUGCCACUUUAAGGAGGAGGGUGCGGACGGAGCCGAGGAGGGCUCUACUGGUAACGGUGGUGGACGCUGCAAGUAUGCGCUAAGCACGCUUCCCAAAAGGCUAUGUCUGGUGUGUGGAGAUGUGGCUUCUGGCUAUCACUACGGGGUAGCUUCAUGUGAAGCCUGUAAAGCUUUCUUCAAACGAACCAUACAGGGAAAUAUCGAAUACAGUUGUCCGGCCUCAAAUGAAUGUGAGAUCACCAAGCGCCGCAGAAAGGCCUGUCAGGCAUGUCGCUUUACCAAGUGCCUCAAAGUAGGCAUGCUAAAAGAAGGAGUGCGUCUGGACAGGGUCAGAGGAGGGAGACAGAAGUACAAGAGACGCCCGGAGGUGGAGAAUGCCACGUACCAGAGUGCACCGAUACCUCUAAGAAAAGAGGGAGAGAAAGGCUCAUCCACCAUCAUCGUGUCUCAUCUGCUGGUGGCGGAGCCAGAAAAGCUAUUUGCUAUGCCAGAUCCCCUACAGCCUGACACGGCCCAACGCACGCUCACCACUCUCUGUGACCUGGCCGACCGGGAACUAGUCGUCAUCAUUGGAUGGGCCAAGCACAUUCCUGGUUUCCUCUCCCUGUCGCUGGCAGACCAGAUGUCCGUGCUGCAGUCGGUGUGGCUGGAAGUCUUGGUGUUAGGGGUGGCCUACCGUUCUCUCGGCUGCGAAGACGAGGUUGUGUUCGCCGAAGACUUCGUGCUGGAUGAGGAAAUGUCUCGCGUGGCCGGUCUAACAGAGCUCAACGCUGCCAUCAGCCAGCUCGCGCGGCGUUUCAGGGUCCUGCAGCUGGACCGCGAGGAGUUCGUCAUGCUCAAGGCCAUAGCGCUCACCAACUCAGAUUCAGUGUAUAUUGAGGACAUGGAGGCCGUGCAAAAGCUAAGGGACCUGCUGCACCAGGCUCUACUGGAAAUGGAGGUCCAACGGCGUCCUGAUGAUCCUCAGCGUGCCGGACGUCUCCUCCUCACACUGCCUCUCCUCAGGCAGACCGCCGGUCGGGCCCUCAGCACCUUUUACAGCAUCAAGACUCGCGGCGGCGUGCCAAUGCACAAACUCUUCCUGGAGAUGCUAGAGGCCAUGAUGGAUUCACCAUAGGGCGACACUUGGAUGACUUAUUGAAAAAGAAAGGAUGAGGAAAACGGGCAGAUGCUUGCCCAAAUCUUUUUUUGUGUGUGAAAGUAAGGGUAAGGGCUAAGAAAGCCGAAAAAGAACACGUUUUGACAGAAGAGUUGAAUAUGAAGAAGACGCUUUGUGUAAUCGCAGCUGUCCGCUGAUAACCUGAGGUACUCUUUAAAAACGGUAGUUCACGUCAAAUUGUCCACUUUCAUUUAUUAAUAUUUAUAACAGUGUUAGUCAGUGAAUUUCACCGACUGCAAUUCGAUUUCUCACCUCACGGCCAUCCUGUUUCCUCAAGAUAAGUGUUUAUAGAAGCGAACCAUUACUGUAAACUCAGAGAAAUUUACGUGCCAAGGGCGUCUACUGAGACUGCAGCAAUAUUAACUCUUCGUAAAAUCUCUUUUUUUUUACGAACGUUGGCCAUUCAAGAAACAAAACGGCUUUAUCACUACAGUUAUAAUCAACAGUAAGCUUUCUUUAUCGUCAUAAACUCGCACUACAGUGAGUUAAUAUCUAUAGGAUCCUCUACAAGUGCAAGAUGUUUUAAUAUGCAAAACAGUUAAAGAUAAAACCAACAGGACUUUUUAGUAGCUCAAGAAGUUGAGUUUAGUUUACUGGUAUACACUGGUACAUUUACUACGAGCAAAUAUAGUACAUAUUAUAUUAUGAAAGCAAUACGAGAAUUUCAUACAUUUAGUUUGAUCAGCUUUUUUUAAAUGGCUACAUAGUCCUGCUUAAAAUCGCAAUUUAGUCGCAGUGUCAGACAGUAAAAAAAUACACCUGGUGUACAUCACCGUCCUUUGUAUAUUUACCAGUUUAAACAAUCUUUAGAUGUGGUUUGUGUGAAUGAGAGACUAUGUAGGUACUACAAAUGCAAAGUGCACAUGCAGAGCUGAACUGAACCGAAUGUGCAUCCAAUUCAGGGUAAAGAGGGGUGUUAAGCUCCCGUAGGCCAGCUGACUACUGUACUACUUUACCAUUUUGCUGUGAGUUUUUUUUCAAAGUUUCGGUUCAAAAAAAGACUCGUCCGUGUCGCAUUCUGUUCCCGAGAUAACCUCAAUUCUUCUGUUGGUGAGCCAACGCUGUUGGAAUCAUUUAGCUCAAAUGCAUCGCUUCUGCAUUCUGAAACAUUGGAAGUUUAACCGAAGGAGAGAAAAUAUUCCUUGCUGUAUUCCACUUGGACGCAGCGGACGGUCAUCGGUGUCGGUUCAUUUGAACCAGUUUCUCAUUGUGUAUUGAUGUUCAAACUGAGCGCCUCUGAGGCAACGUUGAAUGCAAAUCGGAACGCCCCGGAACGUGGGGUCUUUUGGGAUAUGUGUUUGUUUUACUGCUGUGUGUUUGUUUGCAGGCGGUCGUCUGGUAUUAUAUGCAAUCAUACUCGGUUGAGUGCUACAACUCCGCUACCUUUUAUUUAUUAGAUGCAUUUAAAAACAGGAGGAAGAAAAGCCAGUUGCCAUUUUGGCCACUUAAGUACUAAAAUUGAACCACUGUUCUACAUUCAGACCUCUGAGGUGAUGUCAUGUCGUCAGGGUGAUUUUCACUGUACAGUUUUAGCAGCAAUGAUUGUACGUUCAUGCUAUACGUCAGAUCCAACCACAUCUUCGGAGGAUGUACCUAAACAUUUUCACAAUAAAUCUGUAUAAUAUUCUCUCUCUAUAUAUAUAUCAGUCAGCUAAUCGGUUUCUGCUGUCCUGGAUUUUGGCUGACUUUAAUUUUGUUUUUUCAUAUAUACACCAUGAAGCUUGGCCUCAGGUUUGAAAUAAAGCAAUCCAUUUGGGAGAAUGUUAUGAAAUGUCUGUUUUUUUUAUUGAAUUGUCUGAUUUAUUUUCUUUUUUGUAAUUAAAAUAACACAUUUUGCAGGAAACAUGAAAGCCAGUGAAAGUUAUAUAUACUUGUCUUUUUUGUGUGUCUAAUUUUAUUCAAAAUUAGUAUUGGGAGAUUACAGACACUAAUGUGAUAUCAGUGCAAAACUUUUGCUUCUUUGUUUCUCAUUUUUGUAUGCCACCAUUUUGUCUGAUAAGGGAACUUGUGCAUACGUCAAUAAAAAUGGUUUCGUUUUCAAUUAAUCUGUACAUGUUUAUAAAAAGUUUAUUCUUUUAUGAAAAAAAUCUGUUUGGAUUUUUUUGUUUUUCUCUUUUGUACACACAAGUGUAUGUUUCUCCUAAGUGGUUAUUGAGGUGUCUUGAAAUGUGUACAUAACCAAGAAUGAGUGGGUCCAUUCAAAGAUGGCUGUAAAAUAUGUUAAUGUUUGUAAUAAUAAUGCUAAUAUAACAAUAUUACAGUAGUGUUUUAAUAGCAGUAAACAUUAAAUUAAAUAAAGCCAUUUUGUCUGUCAAACCUAGUACAUAACAUGAUUGAAAGCUUAAUUAAAUCCACAGCUAGAUGUUUGUGUGUCUGUGUAUAUUUAUGUAAAUGAGCAAUACCAGAAUUUACCAAAAUGUCUGUUUUCACAUUUUUCUGUAUGUUGAUAUACUGUAAAUCAAACCUCAGCAGUACCACUAGUGACAGUAAAUAGUAAUAAUAAAACCUACGGUUAUGAACAAAUCGAUAUUUGUAUUCAAAACUGUUGUAUUUAAAAGAUUAAAAUCUAUUUUUUACUCGAUUUGCGGAUGUUUAUUAAUAUUAUUGUUCUGGUAUUUGUGUGUGUGUUUAAGUCAAAUGAUUGUAAAUGUCUGUGCAUUUUUAUUUUUCUUUUUGUAAAGCUCAGUGGUUCUGUGGUAGUAAAUAUUUCCACACUUUGUUUAUAUUGAAUCACUGUGAAGAUGAAGCAAACACUAUAACACCACCCGAGUAUUUUAAAGAAUAUUGUCAGUGUCAAUGUGUUUUCUAAUAAAUUAACACACCUCA